UAUCUGUCUGGAUACCCGGUCAAUCUUUUCUUUCUUCCUCUUUCAUUUUCUUUUCCUCUUCUCUUUUCCUCUUUUCAUAGAACAAAGAACAUCAACUUUCCGAUAGUGAGAUAUCACCUCAACGUCGAAUAUCAAAACGAGCAGUUCCUGGUGAAAAGUUUGACGAUUAUAUUAUGCGACGAAAACAACAAUUUGAAGAUCAAUAUAGACAUAUAUCCAUUUGGACUAGUCCAAUACUAGUGAUAUCAUAUUUCGUUAUGUACUCUUUCUAUGAAAUACGUUCGGCCCUUUUAUAUUUUUAUCAACAUGGACGUACGACUUUUACUUUGGGACUCGUUUUAUUGAAUCUAUGGAUAGUAACAAAAGUAGACGGACCACACCAACAGUGGGUAGAAAUAUUGGAACGACAAAUUAAAUGGUAUGGUUAUUGGAUAUUAUUAGGUGUUGCCUCCUCUAUCGGUUUAGGAUCAGGAUUACAUACAUUUAUCUUAUUUCUCGGUCCUUAUAUUGCUGAAGUGACUUUGGCAGCCUAUGAUUGUGGUACAACAACUACUUUGGUAAGAAACUCUUCAAGUUAUCGAUUAGAAUGUCAUUUAUCUUCGAUUGGAACAAAUGAAUCUUCUUUAUAUUUAUGGCCUAUUUACAAAUGUAUUGCAAUGGAAACACUGACUUGGGGGAUUGGAACAGCUUUGGGUGAAUUACCACCUUAUUUUAUGGCUCGAGCAGUGGCAUUAUCUGGUGAUAAGGAUCAAGAACUAAAAAAAUUGGAAACUAGUUUAGAAAAAUCAUGUCAAGAUCGUACCUUGAAAGAAUCCAUCUCUUUUCUUGUUUAUUCUGCUAUGAAACGUAUGGGAUUUUUUGGUAUUCUUUUAUUUGCUUCUAUUCCCAAUCCUUUAUUUGAUUUGGCUGGUAUUACUUGUGGUCAUUUUUUAGUUCCUUUUUCUACCUUUUUUGGGGCAACUUUACUAGGCAAAGCUGGUAUCAAAUCUGCAAUACAGGCAUUCAUUGUGAUAUUGGCUUUCUCACAUGAUACCUUAUCUGUUUUCUUGGAAUCAUUGGAAUCAUCUAUACCAACUUUACAUCGAUAUGUUUCUCGAUUUAUUAUUGAACAAACAAGACAACUUGGAAAAGGGGAUAGCACUGGAGUAGAAAAGAUGAAUUAUUUUGGAAUUGCUUGGAAUUCAUUUCUUUCUUUGAUGAUUGGCUAUUUUGUGAUGUCCUCUAUAGAAUCACUUGGAUUAGCUUUUAUGAAACAACAACAACACCAAAAUGAAAUCAAACAUUUACAAAUACAGAAAAACAAGACAAUACCACUAGAUUAGGAUUAUCGAUUUAUUUUUAUCAUCUUGUACACUUUAUAUAUCAAUCUUUCUUUCUUAUUUUGCACCAAUAAACAAAGUUAAUGCCAUAUGA